AUGGUGGAGAACCCGAGAAAUGUGAGUGCCAUCACAUUGAGAUCUGGGAAGAACAUUUCAAUUCUUCCCACUUUUGAGCCUACACCUCAAAAGGAAGUUGACCCUGGUGCUACACAUCAGAGAAAGCAUGAUGAUGCUCAUGUAGCCCAUCCUUCCACAUCUGUUAUACCUUCGCGUAUUAUACCUUCUACUUCUGUUGUACCUUCCAUACCUCUUCCCUUCCCUCCGAGAGCUAUUCCAACCAAGAAGAUGGAAGAGGUUGACAAGGAGAUCCUAGAAACAUUCAGGAAGGUGGAGGUGAACAUACCUCUUUUGGACGCCAUCAAGCAGAUUCCCAGAUAUGCAAAGUUCUUGAAGGAACUGGACACGCACAAGAGGAGGCUGAAAGGAAAUGGGAGGAUCAGCAUGGGGAGAAGCGUAUCUGCACUGAUAGGUAAAUUUGUUCCUCAAAUCCCUGAAAAGUGUAAAGAUCCAGGUACAUUCUUUGUUCCCUACAUUAUUGGUAAUAAUAAGUUUGAGAAUGCUAUGCUUGAUCUGGGUGCUUCGAUUAAUGUCAUGCCUCUGUCUAUUUUCAAUUCUCUGUCUCUUGGACCAUUGCAACCAACGGGUGUGGUAAUUCAAUUGGCAAAUAGAAGUGUUGCCCACCCUAUUGGUUUCAUUGAGGAUGUCUUGGUUCAGGUUGGUGAACUGAUAUUUCCUGCUGAUUUUUACAUUCUUGAUAUGCAAGAGAGAUUUUCCCGUGGUUCUACCCCACUCAUUUUAGGAAGACUAUUUUUAAAGACAGCCCGAACCAAGAUUGAUGUCCAUGCUGGCACUUUAUCCAUAGAGUUUGAUGACAUUUUCGCUGUGAAACCCAUUUCUCCCUCCCCUCGGGUUCCUGAUAUUCAGCCAGCAUCCAACACUCCAUAG